CGUCGUCUGAGUCGUUGUUGCGUUAACUUUGGCUGAUCGCGUAGCGUCUUCUUCUUCGCCGAAGAACGAACGUUUUACACAAAAAGAAAAGAAAAAGAAGAAAAAAAACAAAAGCAUUGCUCUUUUGCAGUUUGUGUUAUCGUUGAAAAUACCUUGUAUCGUAAACGUUGUGUGUGCGUGUUAUAACAUUUUUGCAUUUUGCAUUUGUUAUUAUUAUUCGGCUUUGGCUUUAGCUUUGCCUUUGGCUUUGGCAUUAACUUGGCCCAAUGCGCGUCGACGUUUUCGUUUCAUUUUCGCUUUGUGCUCCAAAUUGACGUCGCGUCGCUUUUGCAUCUUUCGUUCAGUUCAGUUAAAUUUAGUUGAGUUCAGUUCAUUUCGGUUCAAUUCGCAGUGAUUCGCUCGCUUACAAAUAAUUACUGAGCUGCACUCAAGUUGUUUUUGUGUGUUUCGGGUUUUGUAUAAGAAAUGUGCAGCGCCAGAUAAAUUUCACCAUCAAGUGUCGCAAAGUGUUCCACAAGAAAUAAGAAAAUUAAAAAAAAGAGAAAGAAAGAGAGAGCGAUAAAAAACGGCACAAGUUCUGUUUGCCAUGUUAUUAACAUUGUGUUCAUAAUUCCUUUGUAUGUACAAAUACAAAUACAAAUACAUCGAUAUAUCGUCAGCGACAUCGACAACAACAUCUAUGCAAAUAGAAAGCAACAAACACAGAGAAACAAAUCAGGAGCCAGCGGAAUAAGUCAAGCAACUAAACGCAGCGGGCAGCCCUUGUAAAGGCUCAAAAGCUCUGGAUAGUUAGCACAAGUUAAACACCAUCACUUACAACACAUCUCGGAAACUGCAAAUAACUACAUCAAACCGAAACGCAGCUAGCCGAAAAUCUCAAGGGACGGCAACAGCAGCAACAGUUGAUGAGCAGGCGGCAACAAAGGAGCUGAUCCGGAACAGGAACUUACCGUGCGAUGCUAUAGAAAAACUACAUCAAAGCCUUUAAUUCAAAUUGGGGAUUAUGAGCGCAACAGCAAUAAGCAACACAGAAGCAACAACAUCAGCAACCACUACUGAAAGCACACGCCGAUGUAUGAUAAAUCAAAAAAGACUUGGAGUCAGCGGCUCAAAAUUAGCAGCGACAACAGCAGCAGCAACUCGGCUUCUUUAGCCACAGUCGGUGGCAUGCAGACUCUGCAGAUGCAACAGCUGCAGCAGGCAUUGCACCUGCAACAGCAACAGCAGCAGCAACAUCACCAACAGCAACUACAUCAUCAUCACCAGCAGCAACACCAACAUCAUGCACACCAUCUGCAGCACUUGGCAUAUCAGUUGCCACCUCCACCUGCCGCUCCACCGCCUGGCUACGAAUUUUUGCCAAGCGCGUUGUCGCGCUCCAUGAAGUACGCCGAGCCAUGGAUCUAUGGCACUGUGCGUGGCAUACCCGCGCGUCCCUCCUAUGGCUAUGGCCAUCAUCCGCAUGCGGCGGCCAUCUUUGCCACAGAUGGCGGCGGCGAACCUGCCACGGCCACAGCGCUGGCAGUUGUGAUCUGUUCGUGUGCCGAGUAUCUGAACGGCACCAAACGUGACGUUAAGAAGGCGAGCGUGUGCAAGAAGUGCAAAGGCUCUCGCCUGCCACUCGCCACCAUCAGUGGCGGUGGCACCGUGCGGCUGCCUGCGGCUGCGGCACAAGCGCGACGCCCCACGAUGGCGGCCACGAUGCGUGUGGUGAGCACAUCGAAGAAGUCACGUCCCACGAUACUGGAUCCCCAGAAGGAUCCCUAUGACCUGAUGCGACGCACGCGUCUGUUGUCGCCGGAGCCAAGCGUUGAGUCAUCAUCGGCCAGCUGCUCCAAGGACGGCAAGUCACGUAGUCGCGAGAACGCAACUGCCACAGCGGCCACAGCUGCUGCUGCUGCUGCCACAAGCAUGCAACGUGGACGCACACGAACACGCGCAGCAUUACCAAGUAGCACGCGAGUGAGUUGCAAGACGACGCCCACGUCGCCGGUGGCGCCACCAGAUCCCGCUGACUGUUGGCUAAUGGAGGAUAACGAGUCGUUGCUGCUGAGCAGCGGACUGGUUGCCUCCAGCAAGAGCAGCAACAGCAGCGGCAGCAGCAAUCGGCGUUCCAUACUGCGCUGCAACGUGAAUCCCUACGAUCUGAUCUCAGUCGAAAGCGGCAAGAAGAAAAAUUUGCCACACCACGAUGACUUCGAUGUGGCCGACGCACAGCUCCACGAGGACGAACAGGAGCAACGACCACAACAGCAACAACCGUUGCAACCACGUAAUAGAAAAUUCCACACCAACAAUGUGACUGCAAUCGCUGGACAACGCAUUAGUCUGGGCGACAAGCAAAACGAUUCGCCGGACUCGAGCGACAGCUACGAACGCAUAAUCAUUGCCACUGUAGCCAGCGAGAAGAAAAAGACAACACAGCCGCAAUCGCCUGCUCCAGCAGCCACUGCAACUGCAAUCAGCAAUCCCAAGCGUCCGCCACGCAAUAAGAAAGUGGAAGAGCCGCUGAGCUUGGAAACGCCAACAGCAACCACAGUGGUUGCAGCUGCAGUUGUGGCUGCAGCAACCGAAACAGCCGAUUGCAAUGCCAACGACGAUGCAUCGUACACUGUGCUCACUGUGUCGCCCACGCCGCCUGGCAUCAAGUCCAUACUGAAGCGUCCAACCACGCUGGAGCUGCCUGCGUCCGCAUUGCCUGCGUGCAUUCUGACGCCAGCUGACAGCUCGCCCGCCGUCGCCUCGACAAUGACAACGAUGACGACGUCGGCGGCGACGACGCCCUCGGGCAAGUCACAGUUCUACAUACCGACACCAACAACAGCAACGCCAACGCCAACUUCGGCGAGUGCGCGUAAAAAAGUGCAAUUUAUGGUUGAGGAUAAAAUCAUAGCCAUGACCACGACAGCGACAGCAACAGCGACGACUGCGGAUGCAGCAGCAGCAACAGCAGCCACGGCGACAACUGAUGACAGCGAGAAUAAUGUGCUGCUUGUUGUUGGUGGGUCGACUGAUGAGACAACGAUGCCAGCAGCAGCAGCAGCAAACUAUGAGUACUACAAUCGCAAGCGUAAUGCUGCAGCAGCAGCAGCACAGCAGGAGACAGCACAACAGCAACGACAGCAACCAACAUUGUCAGCAUUGGGAUCUGACGUUGAUGAUGAGCAGAACUUUACAGCUUCCGCUGAGCCAACAACAACACAGACAACAACAACGGGAACAACAUCGCUGGCCACGCAUAUUACGCCAGAUAGUUUGCAUUAUGAAGAUGUGCUGCCGUCGCCUGUACAUCAAAUAUUUGACAAUAGUUGCAGCAACAGCAACAGCAGCAACUCGCCUGCUGUUACUGCUGGCCAAGUCAACGAAAUUUCGUCGAGUUCCAAAUUAUUAUUGUCGUCGUCGACUAUGAGUCAUGCUGGGUCAACAGCAGCAACAGCUGCCGGAGCAUCCACAGCAGAAGUAACUGCAGCAACAGCCACAGCAGCAGCAACAGCAUUACCGCAUGUCAGUGCAAAUGUUGUCAACGCUUUAACAGCGGGCACAACAGCAGCGACAGCAACUGAAACUGAAGCUGAAGGAGCAGCAGCAGCAACCCAAAAGACGACAGCAGCAAAUCGCGAUUAUGACGAUGAUGACGAGCACAACGACAGCAGCAAGCAGCAAACUGAGGUUGCAGACAAGAAGGAGACAAAGGAGCUGAAGCAACUGGAGGAUAAAGCAGAGUCGGAGGCGGAGACAAAGACGAAGACAGAGACGAAGACGGAGUCGGAGUUGGUGCCGCGGGCAAGUGAAAAGCGUGCAGCACAAACGACACAAUCGCGAAAUCCCAUCAGACGCGCUCACAGCGAAAGGCAUUUGUCUGGCGCGCCCAACAAGAACUCGGCCGUGUCCGUGCCCCCAGCACAGCAGAAUGGCCAACAGAAUGGAAGCCAGAGCCAGAGCAAUAGUCGGAGCAGCAGCGAAUCUCCGACACAGUCGCAGGGCAGUGGGCCACAGAAUGUCAUUUUAAAUUUUAAGGACACAAUGGCGCUGCGCAUAAAAAGCAACCGCAACGACUCGAGAGAUUUAUUUCAAAGGCGGCCCACAGAGCCGCCGCCACCGCCGCCGCCCCCAAAGACAGCGAUGACAACGCUUGCCACACCGACCGCAAACGGAUUAGCAGAGCAGCAGCAGCAACAGCAGCAGCCACAGCAAAUCAAUAAGUCAACUGCUGCUCCUCGACAGCAAGCACAACGAACUGUGGUGCGAGUGGCGCCCUUUAACAAGCAAAGCAACGAGGUGCAUCGCUUGAAAAUCUCGCACAGCGAACAACUGGAGGGGGAGCAACAGCAGCAGCAGCUGUUGCACUCCUCUUCGGACCACAAUGUUGUGCUGCGGCAGCACUCGCCACGCUUGCAACAUGCCACCGCAACGGCAGCAACGGAUGUGGCACCCAAAAAGACAUCGAUACUGAUUAAUGGCGAUGAUUGUUACUCGACAAUGAACCUCAGCGCCGAUGCAGCGCAACCGCUCUACCAAUCCUCGGUGGUGGUCAACAGUCAGGUGGCCAAUAGCGUUUGCAUCAAUGUGAGCAGCGUCGAGCACGAGCACAAUUUGCUCAACACACUCCGCAGUCAACAACAGCAACAGCAACAGCAACUGGGAGCAAUCAUUCCAAUUCGAAGCAGCAUAGGGAACAACUCGGAGAUCAAUCUGCAGCGUUCGGCCAGCUGCAUUUCCAGCACCUCGAGCAGCUCCACAUCGAGCAGCAGUAGCUCCAGCGGACGUGGACGCACCCUGAUAAGAUUAGACUACGAAAAGGAGAAGAAGGAGGCAAAAGCAACGAGCACCACGCCGAUCAAUACAACGCCGCCAGCAAUCAGCUCAAUGCCAGCAACACCGCCGCCAGCAACAACCACGCCCACUGCCGCAUCUACGCCCUUGCCUACGUCAUCCUCUGCCACGCUGGUGCCGCACGAAACCGAGUUGCUGAAGAUACUACGCAACCCAGUCGAAGCCGUCAAACGCAAUCUAGUGCCACAUGUGUGUGGACUGCGUGUGUCGAGCAGUAGCAAGAAGCAACCAGAAUCAUCAGAGACAACACCGACGAACAACAACAGCAGCUUCAUUGCCAAGCUGCUGCAGGAUCCCAUGCUGGGUCAGGUGGCCGAUGGCCUGGAGACCGAUACGGUUGCCGAACUUAUUGAGAACUCGCUGCAGCGGCUGCAGCAAUCACGUCAGGCCAUCGACAUGAGCGGCACCAAAGAUCACGACGAUAUGAAUCGCUUGAUUAGCGUCUCGCUGCAGCGUGUGCGACUCGAGCGGCAACCAAUUGUAGCGACAGCAGCAGCAGCGGCAACCAAAGAGGAGGAUCGUCUGUCGAAUCGCGGCAGCAUCAGUUCCGCCAACAGCUUUGCCUCCGCCCACAAUUACGAGUUGUUCGACUUCGAGGCGGCGGCCAAUGAAUCCGAUUGUUAUCAAAGCUGCUCAAGUGAACUCACAGCAGCUGGCGUGCUCGAAGAGGAACCAGCGGAACAACCCGAUGUGGAUGCCACAACGCGUGCCAAAUUCUAUCAGCUGCUGGUGGAUGCCACGCUGGCGGAGAUCGAACAUGCCACGCACGCGGAAGCCGAGCAUCACUACGAAUCGAUACGUAUGAAUGGCGAUCCUAUCUAUGAGGAGAUCAACGAAGUGCCGCCUCCAUUGCCACUGACUGCGCCGCCUUUGAACGAUGCCGAGCUGGAGAAGAAGGCAGCUCGCUCCAUCUUCGAAGGCGCCUCCAAGUAUGAUAUACUCUCCUACCUAGUGGAUGCCAAGGAACGUGGUUUGGCGCGCGAGGAGAGCUUCGAUUACAGCAACAAUCCGAAGAUCAUCGAGGAGGAGGCCACGGACACGCUGAGUGAGCUGGAGAAGCGUGUCAGCAGCAGCGACGAUAGUCACAGUAAUAUGAGCUCGUUGUCACCGCCGCCGCACACAUUCAUCUGCGGCAAGAGCGGCAGUGAUGUGGAGCGUCAGGAUUCAGGCGUUGGCUCCGAGACAAGCAAAUCAUCGCGCAGCAAAUAUCAACCUGCGGUGAGUCCUUUGCAUCUGUGCGAGGAUUGCGAUGGCGCUGUGGAAACUCAACUGUCUGAGGCGGGUGUGUUGUAUGCCCCGUUGGUGUGCCGCAAGUGUGGCAAGAAGCGUGUGGAGCGCAAAGAGAUCAUCACAGAGAUUGUGGAGACGGAGGAGAAAUACGGUCGGGAUUUGCAAAUCAUACUCGAGGAGUUCUGUCAUCCGAUGCUGGUCGCCGGGUUGCUGACACAGGAGCAGCUCUCCGCCAUCUUCCUCAACACGGAAGACUUGCUGGAGAACAAUCAGACGCUGGCCGAGCGAAUGCGCGAUGCCCUGGACAUUGCCCUCGAGCAGGGCGAUGAUGAUCUACUCACGGUGAACAUUGGACGCAUCUUUCUCGAUUUUACCCAAAUGCUGCACGCCUUCGAGAGCUAUUGUGUGCGGCAGGCGGGCGCCAGUUUGCUGCUCGCCAAUCUCGAGAAGGAGAAGGAGCUGCUGCGCAUCUUCCUGAAGGUAUCGCAAAUGGAGAACGCUGUGCUGCGUCGCAUGAAUCUCAACUCGUUUCUGAUGGUUCCCGUGCAGCGUGUCACCAAGUAUCCACUGCUGUUGGCUCGACUGUACAAAGUGACGCCGUCACAUCUCGAUGGACGUGAGCUGCUCAAACAGGCGCAAGAGAAAAUUGAAUUGCAUUUGAAUCACAUCAACCAGGAGGCCAAGGAUGUGCCCACGAAACUCUGGCGUCGCAUCAGCUCCUCGAGUCCGAAUCGUCGCGCCUCCUGCGAAAUUGAUAUGAUAAACAUCAAGCUGCGCAAAAUGGCCAUCGACAUACUCGAAUGGAAUCACGAUGAGGUCCGCUUUGCCAUGGAGGGCAAACUGCUCUACACGCAGCCCACCGACAGCAACUGGAAGAAGGCGCGCACCAUCAAAUUGACCCCAGUCAAUGCGCUGCUCGUGACCAACGGCAAGCCAAGUGCCAAUUAUAGGGCAGAGAAGGCCAUGUCGGAUAAACUGAAUUUCCCGAAGCACACUGGCAUUCGGGAGGCCUCUUUGCUGCUGGUGAAGGAGAAAUGCGGACGCUAUACAUUGAUACGGGAGCCGUUGUAUCUGGACAGAUGUGUUGUGUGCAGCGAAGCGGAUUGGGAUGAUUAUUUCGAAGUGCAGGAAAUUUCAUCGAAGGACACAUUCAUAUUCAAAGCUGAGGAUGGCGUAAGGACGAAGCAAUGGUACACACAGCUGCAGUAUCACGCCCAGGGAAUGGGAGCCUGGCGAAAGCGACGCAAUGCGUUGGCCAACAUUAUGAUCAACGGCAUGUUGGCGCGUAGUUAGUUGGAGAUGGAGAUGGAAGACAAUCGAUAAGCGGAUAACAAAUUAAAUAAAUAAAAUUACAAUUAAAAUGCAAAAAACAAAAUGACAAUGGUAAUGAAAUUGUCAAUGAAAAUUGAUACAGCAAAUGUGCAUUUAAGUAAAAUUUGCCCCCAAAUUAAUUUGUAUUGAUGCGUUAUUAAUUAACCAAGCAAUUUUAUAUAAUUAUAAUUUAAGUGAUAUACAAUUUAACCGAACGCUAGUUAGUGUUUACAUACAUACAAAUAUACAUUAUAU